ACGCAUGCGUGCUACGGUUAAACAGCAAAAAUGCAGAAGCGCGCGAGGUUGCAGCGUGAAGUGACAUUGCUAGAAACGAGUCCUCCACACGGUGUGUCGUGUUGGCUCGAAGCCGAUCAAUGUGAUAAACUAAAAGCAAAGAUUGUUGGAGGGACCGGAACGCCUUAUGCACGUGGUGUCUUUGAGCUGGAAAUAACUGUGCCAGAAAGAUAUCCAUUUGAGCCUCCUCAAAUUCGCUUUCUCACUCCUAUCUAUCAUCCUAAUAUCGACGAUGCAGGUAGAAUAUGUCUGGAUUUGUUGAAGCUGCCACCACAUGGAGCAUGGAAACCAUCACUAAACAUCGCUAGUCUUCUCAUGUCGAUUCAGUUGUUGAUGGCAGAACCAAAUCCUGAUGAUGGCCUGAUGGCCGAUAUAGCAUCCGAGUACAAACAGAACAGACCGAUAUUCAAGCAGAAAGCUACAGCACACACUGAGAAAUAUGCACGAGACACGGGCCAUGCUCAUCACGACACAAGCAGCACUACCACUAGAACCAGCGGCAAACGAAAAGCCAAUUGUGAUGAUGCAGUUACUGAUGCUUCUGAUAUGCAUCCCUACAAGCACUGGAAAAAAGAUGGACGAACUGAUACAGAUUUGCCUGCAUAGAGGCUCUUGGUAUGUAUCUAUUAUAAAACUUGUUCAUAGAAUAGCAUAUAUGCCACGGCAGAUUCUACCUCUUGACAUAA